GCCAUAGCCCUAAGCAAUCUAAUAGCUGGCGUGGUACACGACUUUGUGCUGUGACAUCCGUAUAUAUGCCCGAAUCUGUAAAAGUAGGGGAGCUUUGUACGCUAACUAGACUGGCUGAAACAACAUGGCACUAAAUUACAGGGACUUAUACGCCAAAGGACCUGACAUAUGAUGAAUUUUGGCCGCGACCUGUCUAUCACUAGACACUCAUGCUUGGAGCGAUUCUUAAAUAUUUGCGGCGGCGCAUCGAGGUUUUGAACGUCCAAAGGCGUCUCAGUCAAAUAUGGACGCUAUCACAACCGUCGUUAAACCCGCUUCUUCAUGGGUCGGCCAGGUGGUUGACUUGGGGCCCAUAGACCAGAUUGCGCCACGAUGUUACAUGACCGCAUUCUUUUGUCUGCGCCUGGCACCGGACGUCACGACUGCGAGUAUAAUCAAGCGUCUCCAAAGAAUGAUCCUCUGUGCCGUUCAAGAGAUCCCACAGCUUGCGACGACGGUCGUCCCUCGGAACAACAGCCGCGAGGAGCUCGAGCUGCGUUAUCUAGAAGAUUCAGGCGCAUGUCUUACGUUUAAAGACUAUACAGCCGAGCACUUGAAACACGAAUGGACACAUGGAAGCUUUGAAGACCUCGCAAAGGCUGAUUUCCCCUAUAAAAAGCUGGAAAGGCGCACGCUCAUAGAUGGAAUAAAUCCUAAUGAAAAGAACAAGCCUUUGGUGGCGUUGAGGGUGCAAGCCAACCUGAUUCCCGGAGGCUUACUGCUUGUGAGCGCUUUACAUCACACCGUGUGUGACGGUUUGGGCUUAUACUUGUGCAAUGCAACGCUGGCGAAGCACUGCCGUAAUAUCGUUGAGCCUGAAUCCAGCACUCUUCCAAUUGUCUUCGCCGACCGCGCUACCAUCAUCACGCCAGAUAUACACGCUUCGCUCGAAGACCUGCCCGAUUGGCGACUCGUCAGCCCCGGCGAACAGUUCUUGAAUCCAACUAAUUAUGACGCCGCAUCGUUGUCGGACCUAAAAUGCGCAAUCUACUACAUAUCUGAGGAGCGCAUCAACCGGCUUAGAGAUGCUAUCGCAGUACCAAACCUGAGACCUUCUGGUAGCGAAGCCAUCAGUUCCCUACUGUGGCUGCAUGUCGUUCGUGCGCGCAACGUUGACUUGAACAAAUAUCCAGAGGCAAAGUUGUCGAUAACCGUUAAUGCUCGCGCGCGUAUGUCUAACCCUAUAGUUCCCAAAUACUUCUGGGGAAACAUGUGUGAGCCGAACGCUGUAGCCCGCAUGCCUACCGCCGAGUUCUCGUCGAAGGACUUCCUACCAUCUGCAACGCAGCGCGUGCGGUCCGCUAUUCAGAACGUAAAUGCCCUAGCCGUGCAACGCCUCGCCGGCAUGUUGGCGCAGCUUCCGAAAACAACUUCAAUAACCUGGAAUGUCGACCGCUGGCCUGGACCAGACAUGCUCAUUGUGUGCCUACAAUCGAUACCUUACACCGCAUUAGACUUUGGGGCUGGUUUUGGCGGCUGCUGUGAGGCGUUCCGACUGCAAAUCGGCGACAUCGAGGGAAAACCUGAUGGCAGGUGUAUCAUGUUUCCUCCUAGGAAGGGUGAUGGAAAAGGGCUGGAAGUCAUGCUGCAAUACGAGACGAGCACGCUUGCUAGGCUGGACGCUGACGAGGGUUUUACACGUUGGUUCGAGAGGAGGACAUGA